CGCAAUAAAUUUCACGCUGGCCCCAUCCGCGCCGCCCAGCACGUGCGCGUGACGGCUCGUUUCGACUAUCAACCCGAUAUUUGUAAGGACUACAAAGAAACCGGUUUCUGCGGAUUUGGUGACACUUGUAUAUACUUACACGAUCGAGGCGAUACCAUGACUGGAUGGCAGCUAGAGCAGCAAUGGGAGGAGCAGCAACGGAUAAAGAAAGAAAAGCAAGAAAAAGAAAUUAGUCAAUUUUUGGACGGCGCAAGAAACGAAGAAAGGGAAGCCACAGAGCUACCGGAAGAUGGCUUACCUUUUGCUUGUCAUAUUUGUCGGCAGCAUUUCCACGAUCCAGUAGUAACAACUUGUGGGCAUUUUUUUUGCCAAAGCUGCAUAUUUGACCGUGUGAGAAAUGGCAGUGAAUUGUGUCCAAUCUGCAAUAAAGACACCCACGGG